CCGCUUUGGGCGUGGAUCUAUCUCUGUUUUCUUCUUCGGUCAUUUCCCUUUCCUCUCCUCCUUUAUAUUGCCUCCGUUUCUCUGCGAGAAGAAGAAAUUUUGAAUCGUACGACCUUUUUUUUUUUUCUUGGUUCACCCAACGCGAUAAGAAAGAAAAUUCAAAAUGUCUCCCGCUCUUGGUCAUGCCAGUGCUGGCCCAGCGUCCAAGGAUGUUAAGAGAGAAUCCGCGACUGCUCGUCUCUUGGGUUCAGGAACCGCCGGUAUUGCGGAGCUCCUUGUUUUCCACCCCGUUGAUACCACCGCGAAGCGCUUGAUGAGCAACCAGACCCGGAUCACAUCCGCUGCCGGCUUCAACCAGGUCGUUUUCAAGGAGUACGCCAAUGCAACCGUCGGACGCAAGUUUACCUCUCUCUUCCCUGGUCUGGGAUACGCUGCGGGCUACAAGGUUCUCCAACGUAUCUACAAGUAUGGUGGUCAGCCAUUUGCUCGUGACUACCUGGCCCUGCACUACGGUACCGAGUUUGACAAUGCUUUUGGAAAGGGUACCGGAAAGGCUAUCAUGCACGCGACAGCAGGAAGUUUGAUUGGUAUCGGAGAAAUCGUCCUGCUUCCUCUGGAUGUGCUGAAGAUCAAGCGUCAGACCAACCCCGAGGCCUUCCGGGGCCGUGGGCUGUUCAAGAUUAUCUCCGAUGAGGGUAUGGGACUGUAUCGUGGCGCUGGCUGGACUGCGGCUCGUAACGCCCCUGGAUCUUUUGCUCUCUUCGGUGGAUCUGCUUUCGCCAAGGAAUACAUCUACGACCUGACGGACUACAACACCGCCUCCUGGUCCCAGAACUUCGUGGCCUCCGUCUGCGGUGCCAGCGCGUCGCUGAUUGUGUCGGCUCCUCUUGAUGUGAUCAAGACCCGUAUCCAGAACCGCAACUUUGAGAACCCCGAGUCGGGCUUCCGCAUUGUCUCCAACAUGAUGAAGAACGAGGGUUUCGCCAGCUUCUUCAAGGGCCUGACGCCCAAGCUGCUGAUGACUGGCCCCAAGCUUGUUUUCAGCUUCUGGCUGGCUCAGACGUUGAUUCCUGCCUUUGGCCAGGUUGUGUAAGGCAAAUCAAAAACCAAAAUAUGCGAAAACAACGGUAUAUGAUAUAUGGAUUUAAUAGCCUUUUUUCUUCUUUGUAUUUGAUAGACAGAUUUUAUCUCUCCUUAUGGGCGGGAUCUUUAGGUUUGGGUGAAUCAACAUUUAAUCUCUACUCAUUUUUCUAGAAGCCAUGUAUAUUAUUA